GGUUAUCCUGGAGAAACCAGCCUCUAUGCACCUGCCUGAAGAUGAGCUACAACACAGCCGAAAAUGCAGCAGUCACAGCACCAGAAUCACUAUGAACAAGACCGGAGUGCACUUAAGCGGAAGGAGUGGGAGAGAAGAAACCAGGAAGUCCAGCAAGAUGAAGAUCUCUUUGCUUCAGGUUUUAACCUCUUUGGGGAACCCUACAAGACAAAUAAAGGCGACGCCCUUGCAAACCGUGUCCAGAACACAUUGGGAAAUUAUGAUGAGAUGAAGGAUCUGUUAACCAACCACUCCAACCAGAGCCACCUUGUAGGAAUCCCAAAGAAUUCUGUCCCACAGACACCCAUUGACAAAAAUGAACAGAACUUUUUUCCAGAACCGAGAAACAGGAUGAUCCCAUCUCAUCAGAUCAGCGGCAAUUCAUCGACAUCAAUGCCUCCUCCUUCUUCAUUGUCAUCAAAUUCUGCUUUGCUACACAGUCACCAGAGCAGCAGGAAGUCGAGGACAGACUGGUCACGUGGUGGUCACAACUCUAGUGGGGCCCAGCCAAGCCAAUCCAGCGGUCAGCAGAGUCGGACAAAGCAUAGCUCUUCCCAUGACCAGUCACAGGGCAGGUAUGAAGACCUCUAUAACUGUCAGAGUGAGCAGCAUAAAAGUGGAGGGACUGAGGAUGCAAAUUCUAUGGCAGCAUCUUCACAUUCGAGGAGGCAUGCUCAUGCAAAGUCAGCACCUGGCGAGCACUCUUACAAAGAAAACAGUCAUUCCAAGUCGCCCACCGAGCUGGAGUUUGUAGGCCAUGGUCCUGGCUCUCCGCUUCCUUCCACUUCUUUGUUAACUGCAAACAAUGGUCUUUCGACUCAGAAUUUCCCACCAGGACUUCACUGUAAAAACAGCAUGGUCCAGCAAAAGCCUACAGCAUAUGUCAGGCCUAUGGACGGUCAGGACCAGGUACCCAAUGACUCACCUGAACUGAAACCCCCACUAGAAAUUGAGAGUGGAUAUGGAAAUCAGUCCUUUGGAACACUGCUGGAAGGAAAAGUGAACACACCUAGUUCGAAGAACAAAGUACCAAAGCUCAACAUUCCUCCUGUUAGUGAAGUUACCCUUCCCAAUGACUCCAGUUGUGUGGAAGAAAUACUGCGGGAGAUGACCCAUUCCUGGCCUCCUCCUCUUACUGCUAUUCACACUCCCGGCAAGGCUGAGCAGACCAAGUUUUCUAUCCCAAGCAAGGACUCCCAACAUCUGACCUCAGGAUACAAUGUACAAAAGUGGAGUGAUCCAGCAGGGAAAGUUGCAACUAAGUCAGUGCCACAAAAGUCAAUGCUUGAGGAUGAUCUGAAACUCAGCAGUGAUGAAGAUGACAGUGAACAGGUGCUGAAAAGGGCAUGA